GGCAUCCAGUAGAUACGGCCACAGAUGAUACAAUACUGAUAUUUUAAAAGCUAUUACUGUAUUAAGAAAAUAGUAGUUUUUCAAAAAAAGGAAUUGAUCGCUCGAUUAUGAAUUUAAUCUUUGUAAUUGUGGACAUCACAAAUGACAUCUUCAAGUGUCCUUGUUCAACUAGGACAGUGUGGCACGCAGUUGGGUCAUAAUUUGCUUGACACAAUUUAUCAAGAUGCCGUGGAAUGUCCUCUUGGCUUUUCUGCCUCACAGAAUGAAAGAUAUCACCGAAUAUCAACUGAAACUUACUUCAAAGAAUUAAAAACUGGUUUUCAUGAAGCCAGAGCAGUGACUGUUGAUAUGGAGCCAAAAGUUGUCAAUCAAGCUAUUGAAUCUGCCAGAAGAAGUGGAAAAUGGACAUAUCCUGCUGGUAUGCAACUUUGCCGUAAGUCAGGUUCUGGAAAUAACUGGUCUUAUGGAUUUCAGAUACACGGAUCAAGAUGUGAAAAUGAAGUAUUGAGUUUGCUUCGUAAAGAGGCAGAAAAGUGCGAUAGAUUGUCUGGAUUUAUCGUUGUAAUGAGUUUGGCUGGAGGAACUGGUUCAGGCCUUGGUUCUUAUGUGGUCCAGCUUAUUAAAGACAAUUUUCCACAUUCUGUUAUUCUGAAUCCUAUUGUUAUGCCUUACAAAGCCGGGGAAGUUGCAGUGCAAAACUAUAACGCUGUUUUAACUCUUUCAUGUGUGCUUACACACGCCGAUGCAUCAGUAUUAUUGCAUAAUGAUCACUUGCACAAUGUAUGUUCAAAAUCACUCAAUAUUGAUAAAGUUUCAAUAAAUCAUUUAAACACAGUCGCCGCACAUCAGCUUGCUUCUGUUCUGCAGCCCGCAGAUUCUCUCUCAAACAACAGUCUUCUCGAACUUCCUUAUAAGCGACAAGACAUUUUAUUUGAUAUUGUACGAUCCACAUCAUGCCAUUCUCAAUACAAAAUUUUAACUUUGAGAUCAGUGCCCCAUUUGGCUGAUCGUAGUAUCGCAUUUAGUACUUUUAACUGGCCAAGCCUUUUAAAACGCAUGAAACAGAUGCAUUUGACCAAUUUUUUUGUUGAUGAAGGCAUGGACUGGCAAGUACGAUUGGAGAAGAGUAUGCCAAGUUACACCAAACAGCAUAGCAAAAGCCUUGGAAACAUGUUGUUUUUACGAGGUGAGGGUGCAGGAAAAUUGACAGAAAAUGACUUUCAAGAAUUUUUUGAUUCACGUUUAUACGCUUUGUGGGUUCCUUCUGAUGAACAAUGCCAUAUUUGGUCAACACAACGUCGUUUCAGACAGUAUGAAAAGUCUGUAUCAAUGCUCAGUAACAACAGUUUUUGCACUGAAGGGCUUGACACCGUAAUAAACAAAGCUUGGAAUAUGUUUACAGCAAAAGCAUAUCUGCAUCAAUAUACGAAAUAUGGACUCGAAGAAGAAGAUUUUCUAAACGCAUUUGUUAAAGUAGAAAAUGUAAUUAACAGUUACAGAAAAUUGUGAUUUUGUCACAAGAGUAUUACUCAUUUUACUCUAAAAAAAAAUGGAUUUAAAAACUUCAGCUAAUUUUAAGCAUCAUGUUGAUGUAGUAUUAAAUUUUUUUUAUAAGCACAAUCUAGGAUAUUUCAAAUUGCCUACUUUAAGCAAAAAGGUACCAUCUAAAAUUUGGCUGUAAUUUUUGAGUGUGGUCUCAAUGAAAUUCAUAUGCUGUAUGUUUGUUUGUUUCUCAAGCUAUUAAAGAUAAAUACUAUUUUUUUAAGUCAUCCUGGCAAUUAUACUAUUGAAUCGAUUUAUAACAAACUGCCAAACAAGUACCAUUCUUCCUCAAAACCACAAUUAAUGCGCAUAG